AUGGGCUGCAAUGGAGGUCUAAUGGAUAAUGCGUUUGAGUUCAUCAUCAAGAACCACGGACUUACAACUGAAUCUAAUUACCCAUACGCCGGAACAGACAACACUUGCAACAGUAAGAAGGAAUCCUCCCAUGCUGCCACGAUUACAGGAUAUGAGGAUGUUCCAGCUAAUAGCGAGUCAGCAUUGCUUAAAUCCGUGGCUAAACAACCAGUAUCUGUUGCCAUUGAUGCUAGUGGAUCAGACUUCCAGUUCUAUAAGAGUGGAGUUUUCACUGGAGAAUGCGGGACUGAUCUAGACCAUGGCGUUACAGCAGUUGGUUAUGCAACAGCUAGCGACGGUACUAAGUAUUGGUUAGUUAAGAAUUCUUGGGGAACAAGUUGGGGUGAGAAUGGAUACAUUAGAAUGCAAAGGGACAUUGAUGCUGAGGAAGGACUCUGUGGCAUUGCCAUGCAAGCUUCUUAUCCAACGGCAUAA